AUGGCUCCACCGAAGGUUCCCAUGGAAUACGAACAACGUGAAGAAACGCAAUCUCACAUUUCAAACAAGAAACAGGGCAUCAUAAAGAAAGUUAACGAACUCGCAACCCUCUGUGAUGUCGAUAUCUCCAUCAUCAUUUGCGUUGAUGAUCAUCAACAACCAGAUAUCUUCUCUCCCGAUGCUGAUAAAUUCAACAAUUUUGUCAAUUGUUAUGUUCAAAAUCGCAGUAUUGCACUUGAGAAAAAUCGUUGUUAUGGUUUGUCACAUUACUUUAAUGACAGAAAGAUCAAGAUGGAGAAAGAACACGCUAACGCCAAGAACAACAACAUUGAAGAAAAAUUUUCAACUUGGUUUAAUUUUCUGGACAAUCUCUCCAAAAUGUUGGGUUUCGUUGCUCCUGCUUGUCCUUAUGCUGAUGAAAACGAAAGGAGGAAAGGGGUGUUAUCAGACGGUCGAAGCACAACAGAGCAACGGCAUAGGCUGGGGAGUUUCCUCGCUGGGGAUGGGUGGCGGGUGGCAAUCUCCAACAUUAGAACACGAUGGAGAGGGAGGAGUUAA